CACUCGGUCUCCUGUACACACACUAUCUGCACUUCUUCAAAAACACAUUAAAUUUAAAAAAAUAAAAUGUUUAAGCUUUUAAUCUUAACCGUCUUCUUGGCCUUCGUGAGCGCUGAUAAUAUUGACAAAAAUGCUGAAAUACGCAGCUAUGUGAACGAGGCGGCCGAUGCAGAGGGCAAGUACCAGUAUGCAUACGAGACGUCGAAUGGCAUACAAUUCCAAGAGGCCGGCAAUGCAGCUGGUGUACGCGGCUCUCUGAAUUACGUCUCACCCGAAGGUGAACACAUCUCUUUACAGUACACUGCCGACGAGGAAGGCUACCAUCCCGUUGGUGAACAUUUGCCAACACCUCCACCUGUGCCGGCUUAUGUUUUGAGAGCUUUGGAAUAUAUUAGAUCACAUCCACCAGCACAACUCAAAGAACAACAAUAAAUCGUUUUCUUCAUCUUCCACAGCAAAGAUAAAUAACUCGAUUUGCUGCGUCGGCGGAGAAUGUUAAAGCUUUUUUAAUGCAUUUUGUUGAUUUUGUGUAUAAAACCUUAAAAGGUUAUCGAUUUUGAUGUGUAUUUCUAAUCAGUAAAUAUUAAA